ACGUGUGCUGUCGUCAAACAUCAAAGGAGAAGAAGAAGGUUCAAACCGACGGAGCAGAGCUCGUUUUAACUGUCGUAAAAACACGUGAACGCACGCGGACACGUCGCUUCUAUAACGUUUGUCAGUUUGUGGAAAGUGUUCUGAAAUACGCGGCUCGCGCUGUGUGAACCUUGUCGCGCGGACUGUAGUUUCUUUUUUUGUUUGUUUGCGUCAGUUAGCGCUGCUAUGCUAAGCUACGCUAACCGCUGCUAGCUCGUGUUAUGGUUUUCAGGCUCGCUCUUCUCGCGUGAAUAACAUGUUUACGAGUCCCGUAUUUAAUAGUAUGUUACCAUAACAGACAAUGUUUGACCCGCUGCACUGACGGAAAACACGCAGAUUCCGAGCAGAGCCGAACGGAGCCGAACUAACGAUGACGCUGGCGCCGAAGGAGCUGUCGAACCUGCUGAGCGUCGUCUCAGAGGAAGCCUGCGCGAGCUCCUUCGAGAGCCUCUCCACGCACUUCCACCACUACUUCGGGAAGGCGGAGCACUUCCGGGUGGGUUCGGUGCUGGUUCUGCUGCUGCAGCAGCCGGACCUGCUGCCCAGCGCCCCCCAGCGGCUCAUCGCCCUCUACCUGCUCUGGGAGAUGUACCGAACCGAGCCGCUUGCCGCGAACCCGUUCGCCGCCGUGUUCGCUCACCUGUUGAACCCCGCCCCUGCGGGGGAGGAGCCUGAAAAGCUACUGUCAGGCUUCCUGCCGCCCAUCACUCAGCCAGAGAAGUUCUUCCUGUCACAGCUGAUGUUGGCUCCGCCCAGAGAUCUGUUCAAGAAGACGCCGCGACAGGUGUCCAGCAUGGACGUGGGCAACAUGCAGCAGUCCAUCGACAUCAGCGGCCUGCAGCUGGCUCUGGCAGAGCGUCAGUCAGAGUUACCCACUCAGAGUAAAGCCAGCUUCCCCAGCAUCCUGAAUGACCCUGAUCCAGAUUCGUCCAACUCUGGCUUUGACAGCUCAGUGGCCAAUCAGAUCAUUGAGUCGCUGGUCACAGGGCCACGCCCACCUCUGGAGAGUCACUUCCGCCCCGAGUUCAUCCGCCCGCCGCCGCCGCUCCACGUGUGCGAGGACGAGCUGGCGUGGCUGAAUCCAACAGAACCGGACCACAGUGUGCAGUGGGACCGGUCCAUGUGUGUGAAGAACAGCACAGGUGUGGAAAUCAAACGCAUCAUGGCCAAGGCCUUCAAGAGUCCACUGUCCGCACAGCAGCAGUCACAGCUGUUGGCAGAGCUGGAGAAAGACCCAAAGCUGGUCUAUCACAUCGGUUUGUCUCCGGCUAAACUUCCGUACCUGGUGGACAACAACCCUCUGGUCGCCAUAGAGAUGCUGCUGAAACUGAUGCAGAGCAGUCAGAUCACCGAGUACUUCUCUGUCCUCGUCAACAUGGACAUGUCCCUGCACUCCAUGGAGGUGGUCAACAGACUAACGACAGCUGUAGAUCUUCCUCCUGAGUUCAUCCACCUCUACAUCUCUAACUGCAUCUCCACCUGUGAGCAGAUCAAAGACAAGUACAUGCAGAACCGCCUGGUGCGUCUGGUGUGCGUCUUCCUUCAGUCUUUGAUCAGGAACAAAAUCAUCAACGUUCAGGAUCUGUUCAUCGAGGUCCAGGCCUUCUGCAUCGAGUUCAGUCGCAUCAGAGAAGCUGCCGGACUCUUCCGUCUCCUCAAGACCCUCGACACUGGAGACAACCCUGCUGAGGCCAAACCCACCAAGUAACACUCAGACUCCGCCCACAUGACAAAGAUAAAGACAUGAAGGACAAAAACAUGUAAGACACAAGUACAUGACGGACAAACAUGAAAUACAUCAGACACAAAAACAUGACAGACAUGAGAGACACAAAUACAUGACAGACAUGAAAGACACAAAUACAUGACAGACAAAAACAUGAAAGACUUGACAAAUACAUGACAGACAAAAACAUGACAG